AUGGGUAGUAUUCACAGUGCACGACGAACUACUACAGAUAAUACUUUUUCUGCCUUAACUGCUGCAAUUUCUGGACCAUCGGUAACUGUUGAUGGUAGUGAUUAUUCGGACGGAGAAGAUAACGAACAACAUGCUGACAUUGACAUGGAAAAUUUACUUUUAGAUGACGAUAGCAUUGAUCUAAGCGACGGUACAUCACCAUUGAACAAUCGUACGUCUCCAGAUCGAGAUGAUGAGCUUUCGGAUACCGAAGAGAGUGGAGGAUAUAAUGAAAUACAGUCAGAUGACGUCAAUGAUCCAUCUGUUACAGAAGAUAACUGA